AUGAAACUAAUCUUGAAGCUGUUAUUUCAACAAACAAACUAACAACAAUUAAAACCAAAAUUUGAAGAGGGAAGAGAAGAUUCGCAAGCAUAUCAGAAGGAAUAAUCUUGAGUUGAAAAGAGAAUCAAUGAGAGGAGAAAGAAAUGAUACGCUGGUUACUUGUGAAACCAUGGCGGCUGUAACAUCAUCACCUACUUUUCGUCCUCAUCACCAAUCAUUACAAACUCCAUCACCAUUUUCCAUUUCUUCCACCUCUGCUACAAACUACACCUUCAUACUUUCUUUUCAUGGCUGGAACCUGGUUCUUCGUUCCUUGGCACUUGUGCUCUCCUUUGUCUCUGCACUUUCAAUGGCGGUUCCAUCAGCAACCAACACUGCUCAACAACAAUCUUCCAGCUUCACCACCUACCCAGAACUGGUGUACUGUUUCGUUGUGGCUAUUUUGGUUUUUCUUUACUCAGUUUUCCAGCUCUUUAAGGGUGUAUGUGACAUUUCCCACAGAGGACUGCUAGUAUCAGAUAAGGUCUUUGAUUAUACCAGUUUCAUACUUGAUCAGUUAGUGGGUUACCUCCUGAUUUCAUCUUCCUCCAUAGCAAUACCAGUCAUCCAACGUGACCACCAAGAUGCCACACUUAUGAAAGCAGCCAUCUUUGCGGCUGCCAUGUCCUCCACUGCUUUUCUAGUGAUAGUGAUCUGCGGUCUUUUGUCAGGAUACAAGCUUUGCAAGAGAAUCACAUGGUGACUCUUCAGAUUUCCAGUGCAAAUAGUGUUCAUGCAAAGUUUUCAAUCGCAUUAGCUCGUGUAGCAUCUUUUUGAAAUGGAUAAAAACAUAUAAUGUACCAGAC